UUAACUACAAGCAUCACCUGAAAAGUAUUAACUUUUCGCAGCCAUUAUCUCCAAUUAAUUUCUUAACCGUUACUCGCAGCUACAACUAUAAGUUUAUUAGUACUAUUUUUCGUUAACAAUUAAAAUAUUAAUUGGCACCAUACUUUACAAAUUAACUGAUUACAAAUACUUAGGAGUAUAUAAUAUUUAGGAAAAAGGGUAAUUAUAUGAAUUCAACUAGCUACUCACAAAAGAGCAAAUUAACUACGAUUGGCUUAUAAAUCAUAUCCAUGCAGCAGAGAGAUGCUAAGAGAGACGUCUAUCUAUUCCCUAAUCCUAAAAAAAAAAAACGUCCCUCUUAAUUAUUAGCAUUAGUUACCAUUAAUCAUUUAUAUCUCUCUCGUAACUCCAAAUUUUACAGGGUAAUCAAUUAGCCGUCAAUACCCACUUUCAUGUACAUUUUAUAACUUCACUUCUAUAUCUACCACUAUAUAUAUACACACCUUUCUCUCUCUCCCGUUGAUUAGUGAUCACAAACCCAUUAAUAAUGAUGAAAUCGUUUUGCAAGUUGGAGUAUCAUCAAGUAUUUGGCAAAGAAGAUAUAUCAUUCUCAUUUCUAAACCACUCAUCACUUUACUCUAAUCAAAGCGAGUUAGCGAAUCCUUUCUUCGAAUUGGAAGACGAGAUUCUUCCUUCUGCAACCUCUAGUAAUUACUUUACUUCUGCCUCAAGCUUUCUUGCUUUACCUGAUCUUGAACCCAUCUCCAUCGUAUCUCAUGAAGCGGUGGCUUCACUUGCUUGCCCUCCGGACCGGCUCUGUUUGUAUGGUUCUGCUUCAUGGACCGAAGAAGAGUCGAUGCUCGAUUCUGAUUUUGCGAAAAAGAGUGAAACCACAACUACCAAGAAGAAGAGAUGCAGAGAAGAAUGUGUUUCUAGUUGUUCUGUUUCAAAGACAUUGUCGAAGGAAACCAUCUCAUUGUACUUUUACAUGCCGAUAACUCAAGCGGCUAGAGAACUUAACAUUGGUUUAACUCUUUUGAAGAAGAGAUGCCGCGAAUUGGGUAUCAAACGUUGGCCUCAUCGUAAGCUCAUGAGCCUACAAAAACUCAUCAGCAAUGUCAAGGAGAUAGAGAAGAUGGAAGGGGAAGAAAAUGAAGAUAGGCUAAGAAAUGCUUUGGAAAAGCUCGAGAAGGAGAAAAAAACGAUUGAGAAGUUACCAGAUUUGAAGUUUGAGGAUAAGACAAAGAGAUUGAGACAAGCUUGUUUCAAGGCUAACCAUAAGAGGAAGAGAAGAAGUGGCAUGUCCACGCCCAUCACAUCAUCAUCUUCUUCUGCUUCUUCCUCUUCUUACUCUUCUCUUCCGGGUUUGAGUGAUAAUAGGUGCUCGAUGGUCGUUGAUGAAGAGGUAUGAGAAGAUGAUGAUAAAGAGAUGAUCUCUUAUGAAGUUUCUCUCAUGUGGGUUCUUCAAUUUGUUUAUGAGUGUGUUGUGUAAGGUUUAGUGUAUUCGACUCUAAAUUACAAAACUUUUUUUGACUCAAUAAUAUUAAAUUACUAC